GAAAAACCAGACAUCGUCUUCCUGUCCCGCCCUUCUAGGGAAAAGGAUCUUUGGGAGUGUUAUAACAAAUUGUGGGUUGCAGAUCUCCCCUUCCCCUGAGAGGGUGCAAUGCAGACGCUGCGAAAAGUGGAUGUGCUGCCUGAAAUAAAGACGGAGGAGCAGGAUGCUGCUGGCCUCGAACCAGGAGAGAGGUCAGAGGUAGGAGAAAAGGCCCCUCGUGUUGUCCAGGUUGGGAGCCUCAGUGAACUUCUCACUGGGGCAGCCCCACAACAAGAACCUGACAAGGGAAUCAGCCAGUGCUGGGACCCUCAGUGGCAGGCGUUCCUGAGGUCAUUGCAGUCCCAUCAUUCCAGAUGGAGAAACUCACGGGCACCUCCCUACAAUAUUGAAGCUUUGCAGGCGUCCUUCAAGGGAGUGCGUGAUGGCAGCCAGCAGUCUCGAAGGGCGCAGUUGAGCCAAACCUUGUCAGGUGAGCCUGACAGAGAAGCCCCUCAACUGUCCUGCCACUUGGACCACCUUGGGAAAGUGAAGGAAGAGACUGAAGCCGGAGACCCUGACAACUUGGACUCUCAGACUGAACACUUCAGGCUAUUCAGCUACCAGGAUGCUGAGGUGCAUCAGAAGGUGCCGGGGCCUUUGGAAGAAUCAGAUGUUGCUUCCCCCAAGGUGGGACAUCCUCCAUCAGAAACUGGGAAGAUCCAGCCGUACAUUGAAGCUUUGCAGAAGGGUGAUGGGAAGGCCACCUUGUUGGUAGGCAAUGAGCAAGUGAGAGCCAAUGAGGAGGAGAAUCUUCAGGAGGAGAGACCCGAGCAAGUGAGAUUGCAUGGGACAUCCCUGGAAGGGGAUCUGUCCCAGUUUCCUGACAUACCCAUGUCUCAGCAGGGAAAUCAGCCUGGGGAAAUAGCAAGAGAUGGCCUCCCUUGUGCAGAAGGCACUGGCUGCACGAGGCGCUUCCGCGAGAGCUUUGAGCACCUGAGCUGUCCAAAAGGGGACAUUGGAGACAAGUCCUACAACUGCACUUUUUGUGGGGAAAGCUUCAAGCAGCGGUCCUACCUCAUCAGGCAUGAGAGGACCCACACGGGAGAAAAACCAUACAAAUGCUCUCUGUGCGGGAAGAGCUUCAGCCAGAGAUCUCACAUCAUUACACAUGAGAGAACCCACACGGGAGAGAAACCAUACAGAUGCUCCGACUGUGGGAAGAGUUUCAACCGUAGAGCAAACCUCAUGGCGCAUGAGAGAACCCACACAGGGGAGAAGCCUUACGAAUGUUCAGACUGCGGCAAAUGCUUCAGCCAGAGUUCCUGGCUGAUGGCGCACAAGAUCAUCCACACUGGUGAGAAGCCAUACAAGUGUUCGGACUGCGGGAAGUGCUUCAAUCACAGGUCGAGCCUCAUCAAACAUGAGAGAUCCCAUUCAGAAGAGAAGCCAUACACUUGCUCGGACUGUGGGAAGUCCUUCAAUGAGAGCUCCAAGCUUAUUAAGCAUCAAAGAAUCCACACGGGAGAGAAACCAUACAGGUGCUCCGACUGUGGGAAAAGCUUCUGUUUCCGGUCCAGCCUGAGUCAACAUGAGAGAACGCACACCGGCGAGAAGCCAUAUGAGUGCUGUGGCUGUGGGAAAAGCUUCAGGCAGAAGUCACACCUGAUCAGGCACGAGAGGAUGCACACUGGUGAGAAACCUUACAAUUGCUCGGACUGCCGGAAAAGCUUCAGCCGAAGCUCAGCCCUCAUAGAACACAAAAGGAUCCACACGGGAGAGAAGCCGUACAAAUGUUCGCACUGCGGGAAGAGUUUCAACCAGCGGUCCUACAGUAUUAUCCACGAGAGAAGCCACACAGGGGAAAAGCCGUAUAAAUGCUUAGACUGUGGGAAAAGCUUCAAUCAGAGAUCGCAUCUUGCGAUACAUGAGAGAGCCCAUGCAGGCGAGAAGCCUUGAAACUGCUGAUUGUUGUGGAAACCCGUUCAGUGGCUGCUCCAAACUUAACAGAACUGCAACCCUAACACAAAAGUGACCAAAUCAAUGGGCAGUGUCAAAAACCUGUUGGCGAUGGGGCUGUAGCUCAGUGGUAGAGCACACACUUGGCAUGCAGAAGGGCCCAGGUACAUUCCCUGGCAUCUGCAGAGGUUGCUGGGAAAGACCUCUGCCUGAAAUCCUGCAGUGAGAGGAGAGGAUUCUGAGCUAGAUGAACCAAUUGGCUGAACCGGUAUAUUCAGUUCAUGCUGCUGGGCCUGCACAGACAUUUCAGAAUUUUUAGGCUUGCUCCGUAAUUUUCUAGGUUGUAAAGUAAAGUGUGCCGUCAAGUCAAUUUUGACUCUUGGGGCCCACAGAGCCCUGUGGUUUUCUUUGCUAGAAUACAGGAGGGUUUUACCAUUGCCUCCUCCCACGCAGUAUGAGAUGAUGCCUUUCAGCAUCUUCCUAGAUUGCUGCUGCCCGAUAUAGAUGUUUUCCCAUAUUCUGGGAAACAUAACAGUGGGGAUUUGAACCGGCAACCUUCUGCUUAUUAGUCAAGCAUUUCCCAUUAGCAAUUAGUUUUUGAGAGAGGACAUAUUUUUUAAAACUUGGACAAGGGCUGAAGGGCCAGCAAUAUUAGCUCCAUCCAGAGCCCUUUGCCUGCUGAGACUCAAGCAAAGGGCUCCUUAGUCCCUCUUCCCCACUGUGAACGACAUUGGAGGCUUGGGCUGAGUGCCCAUCACCUAAUUAGGCAACUCAGUGUCUCAUUCCUGAGAAUGCACCUAGAGAUGGGCAGAUGGGUGUGGAUAGUGCAGAUGCACAAGGGGAAAUUCUGCCCAGGCCUCAGCUGCUGUUCACCACAACAAAGGGAUCAUGAAUUAAAGAGCCCUUUGCCUGCAUCCUGGAAUAACUUUUGAAAUGAAGGACUGUAACUGUUGGUGCUAUUUCUAUCAAGGCGGAAGGAGCUGAAGAGCCCUUUGCCAUUGUUUUGCAUAGAAAGAGCCUUGCUGGGUCAGCCCAAAGGUCCAUCUGCUCCAGCAUCAUGCCUCUCGCAGUGGCCCACUGGAUAUCUCUGGAGUAGAGAGUCUGCUAGCAGGACAUGAAGGCAGUAGCUAGGGAUUAAUCUAUGGAAUUCUUUGCCAUGGGAUGUGAUGAUGGUCACCAGCUUGGGUGGCUUUAAAAGGGACUUAGACACAUUCAUGGUGGACAGGUCUACAAAUGGCUACUAGUCUGGUAGCUGUGGGCCAUCUCCAGCCUCAGAAGCACAAUGCCUCUCAAUAUCAUUUGCAGGGGAUCCACAGCAGGAGAGAGGGCAUGUGCAUACCUCUUGCCUGUGGGCUCCCUAGAGGCAUCUGGGUGGGCCACUGUGUGAAACAGGAUGCUGCACUAGAUGGGCCUUGGGCCUGAUAUAUAUAACUCUGAUAUAACCCCUGCUAACUUGGCAAAGAGGCACCUUUUAACAUGGUGAUUCUCUUUAUUUAGCAUGGGGAGAGUAACCAACCCUAUUCACCCCCAGCAAAGCAUCCCUCCAGUGACUGUUGCUGGUGUCUAUCUUAUGUUUCUUUUAGAUUGUGAGCCCUUUGAGGACAGGGAUCCAUCUUAUUUAUUUAUUAUUUCUCUGUGUAAACCACCCUGAGCCAUUUUUGGAAGGGCGGUAUAGAAAUCUAAUAAAUAAUAAUAAUAAUAAAUAAUAUAUGUUCUUAUGUGCACAAACCAUGGUUUGAACCCAUUUCGGUUGCAGGGCCUGGGAUCUUUAAGAUAGAGGAAAGCAGGUCCUUACCUGCUCUCCGCCCGCUCAUGCAGCUUCCUGUUGGGUGGAGCACAACC